AUGUCAAUUUUGAUAUUAAUAUUAAUUUUAAUUAUAACAUUUAAUAUUUUCGUUGAUAAUCAACAAAUAGAUGAUGAUUUUUUUCCAUACUUGGUACAAUUUUAUACAAUAGUACCUUGUGGGGGCGUAUUAAUUACUCCGGAUUGGGUCUUAACUGCCGCACAGUGUCUUGUUUACAAACGUAAUUCGAUUCUGGUGAAUAUCGUUGGGUCUAACGAGACAGUAAGUAAACCAAUAGGUGUAAAAGCAACGUUUAUUCAUCCGAAUUUCGAUAUGUACUCAAAAGUACACGACCACAGGCACAACGUCGCUCUUAUGAAACUCUACCGCCCAUUUAAUCUACAGCAUCUACAUAAUUCUCAAGAUUUUUCAAAUAAAACCAGUGGCAUGUUCGUUAAUAUUGGAGCGACUAAAUCAAUAAAUUCCUAUGAUUGUUGUUUUAUAUACGGCUGGGACAGUAUUUUAUUUUCUAAAAUGCGGGUGUUUACGAAGCCUAUACAAAUAAUUUCAGUACAACCCCGAGAUAAAGAUGCCUGUGUAAAUAAUAUCAAUGACGUGAAUAUUGUAUGUGCUAGUGGUGAAAGCCGGAAACAGUGCGCAGGUAAUCCGGGGUCACCGAUUGUCUGCAAUGAACUGGAUGGGAAUAGUCGCGUACUUGGAAUAGCAUCUUGGACCAACUAUUCACUUCAAUGCGAUGGUUCUUCAACUUAUUUAAAUCUUACUUCCUUUAGAUCGUGGAUAAAUGAUUUAAUAUCAAUGGACUUUAAUUUAAAUUAUAAUUUUGAUAACUAUAGUAGCACUGAAAAUCAUAGAAUUCAAAGUAAAAAUCAAGUUACUAAAAUAAUUAUGGACAAUCAUGAUAUUGGUGAUUUUUCAACAACAAUUAAGACACUUGAGCGUCAUAAUUAUGGAAAUACUGAGCGAACUGAUAAAAAUGUAGAAGAAAAACCAACUGAUAAUGAAGAACUCUCGGAUAUUUUUCCUCUAUAUAAUUCGUCAUGCGCAAAUUUAUUAAACUCAAUUAAUUUUCUUGUACUUUUAGGGCUUACCUUUAUUUUUAAUUUAUAA